CGGCCCCUUUCUUUACGUCACCAAACGUGACCGGGAAGUCCACUGAAACCAAAGCGACAUCAUGGCAGAAUACACAAACCCACACUGUGACGGGGUUGCAGACGAGAUGCCCGAGCUCUCUGACGGUGAGGAUGAAGACAUUGAGGAUGAGGAGCUGUGGCAGUGUAUGGAUGAAGAUGGCAGUGAGCCAACUAAAGUCACCUGUCUGUUCUGUGACAGGUUGCUGAGCUCCGUGCCGGCCACCCUGCAGCACUGCGUUGUUGAGCACCAGCUCAACCUGGUGGGCGUGAUGAGAAAACACAAUCUAGAUGACUAUGGUUACAUAAAGAUGAUCAACUUCAUACGGUCAACAAAAUGUGAUGCAGCCUGUCUAGCAGGGCUGCCAGAUGGUCCUUUACCCUGGGAGAGUGAAGACUUCCUGCGGCCAGUUAUCCAGGACGACCCCCUCCUGCAGACAGACCCUGAGGAUCUCUGUGGGGGGUCGAGCCUGUCGGCGUGCCAGUCGUCUGGGGCCAAGUCCCAUGAUGCACAGGAGCAGAGGGUACAGGCCGCUGAGGAUGCGCUGACCAGAUCCCUGGAAGACAUGCAGAAACUCAAGCUGCUGGUUCAGGGUCUGGUGAUGAACGCAGACACCGGCCGACCUGGCAACCUGGGCACCGUGGCCGAGCUCCGAGAGGACGAGGACGAGGCCUACUUCAGCUCCUACGGCCAUUAUAGCAUUCAUGAGGAGAUGCUGAAGGAUAAAGUGCGAACAGAGAGUUACCGUGACUUCAUGUACCGCAACCCUGAAGUGUUCCGUGACAAGGUGGUGCUCGAUGUGGGCUGUGGGACUGGCAUACUGUCCAUGUUCGCUGCCAGAGCAGGAGCCAAGAAGGUCAUAGCAGUCGACCAAUCAGAAAUCAUCUAUCAGGCCAUGGACAUAGUCAGGUCCAACCAGCUGGAGGACAAGAUCACUCUGAUCAAAGGGCGCAUAGAAGACAUCAAGCUGCCGGUGGAGAAGGUGGACAUCAUCAUCUCAGAAUGGAUG